CGUUCCCGUUCCGGUUCCGGUUCCGGUUCCGGUUCCGCCGCAGCGGCGCGGGCGGGGGGUGACGGCUCCCGGUCCUUGUGCGGCGCCGAGGGCGGCGCGGCCCCGCCCGGCUCAUGGACCGGCACAAAGUGAAACGGCAGCGUCUGGACCGGAUCUGCGAAGGCAUACGGCCUCCUAUUGUGAAUGGCCCAAUGCCAGCACGGCCACUGGUUGCCCUCCUGGAUGGACGAGAUUGCACUGUGGAGAUGCCCAUCUUGAAGGAUGUUGCUACGGUGGCAUUUUGUGAUGCUCAGUCAACUCAGGAAAUUCAYGAAAAGGUGCUGAAUGAGGCAGUAGGAGCUCUGAUGUAUCACACCAUUACCCUUUCUCGUCAGGAUCUGGAGAAAUUCAAAGCCCUCAGGGUCAUUGUGCGUAUUGGCAGUGGCUAUGACAACGUUGACAUCAAAUCCGCUGCAGAAUUAGGCAUUGCGGUUUGCAACAUCCCUUCCUCUUCAGUAGAGGAGACUGCUGACUCUACCCUCUGCCACAUCUUGAACCUCUAUCGCCGUGUUACUUGGCUUCAUCAGGCUCUGCGGGAAGGGAAUCGAGCCUCAAGUGUAGAACAGAUUCGAGAGGUGGCUGGAGGCGCUGUGCGUAUCCGUGGGGAGACUUUGGGCAUCAUUGGACUAGGCCGAGUUGGACAGGCAGUGGCUCUGCGAGCCAAGUCCUUUGGCUUCAACGUGAUUUUCUAUGAUCCCUAUCUGCCGGAUGGAGUGGAGCGAUCCUUGGGUUUACAACGAGUAGGAACCCUGCAGGAUCUACUAAUGCACAGCGAUUGCAUCACAUUGCACUGCAGCCUGAAUGAACAUAACCAUCACCUCAUCAAUGACUUCACUAUUAAACAGAUGCGUCAGGGCUGCUUUUUAGUGAACACAGCCCGGGGAGGGCUGGUAGAUGAGAAAGCCUUAGCACAAGCCUUGAAAGAGGGGAGAAUCAGAGGAACAGCAUUGGAUGUGCAUGAGUCUGAGCCUUUCAGUUUCGCUCAGGGACCCUUAAAAGAUGCACCCAAUGUUAUCUGCACCCCUCACACUGCCUGGUACAGUGAACAGGCUUCCAUUGAAUCCAGAGAAGACGCAGCUAAAGAGAUCCGCAGAGCUAUUACAGGUCACAUACCUGAUGCUUUGAGAAACUGUGUUAAUAAGGAGUACUUGGUGUUAGCAGCUCAGUGGUCCAGUAUUGAUCCUGCAACAGUCCACCCAGAACUCAAUGGAGCCACAGCCUACAGGUUUCCUCCAGGAGUAGUGGGAGUAGCCAACCCUGGGCUACCUGAACCACCAGUAGUGGAAGGGAUUGUAGCUCAUGGCAUCCCUCCUGUUUCUCACUCUGCACCACGUACCCCUUCCCCAGGAGAGACGAGCAAACUGGAUGCAGACAGAGAGAUUCCUGCUGAUCAAUAGCAGUGUGUUUCUCUCCUCUCYUUUGGCAGUAGAAAAAAGUAGGAGGGCAUCUACUCCUAGGACUUUCUUUAACACCCUACAGAAACUGUUUCCUGUUCACAUGGGACAGCAGAAUGCAUUUCAUUGCCGACAAACUUUAGCUCUUGCCUUUAUUUUGUAACCCUUUAGUCAUAAUUUCUCAAUGAAUCUUUCUCCUUCUCUGGGGCAUGGCAGCAGUGACUUUGCCUCCCCUAGGCUUAAUGAAUCAGUUUUCCCAUGUAUCUGCUUCAGUUGUGUGUGACAGGGAACUGUCUUUGUGCACAUGAAAAYAGAAGUGAAGCCACCUGAUCAGGGAUGGUCCUCAGUGUUCUGAACACCAGACUAAAGUGCACACUUUUCARUUGUGACUUGUAGCUUAAAUUUAAUUUGGCUGGACCUCUUUUAAGUGUAGCCUUGGGGAAUAUUAGAAAAAAUAUUGGUGAAUUGGAGAAGUUGUGACUAUUGUCUUCAUUAUGCUCUUGAUAGAAUGCAGCCUAGACUAAGCUCUGUGUGUUACUUUGAUUGUUUYAAAUAACAUUUCCUGUGAGAACAGGCACAGCGCAGGCACUGUUAGCUCUUGACCAUACAAARUUUCCUCUAUGCAGUUCUAGGCCUGAAGUUAAAAGCUAACAGUCUCAAAGCCAGCCUUGUAAACAAUUUGGAAGGGAUUUAAAUGUCAUCAAAUGCAUUUUGGUGGCCACCGUGUUUGUGAGGCUUCAGAAUAGUUCACUCUGGAGUCUAUAACUUGGAGAAGGUAAGAAAAUGCAGAAAUGGGAAAAAACUUGCACUGAGAGACARCAAGUAGCAAUAAUGUGCAGCUCCAGUUGCUGGUUCCUGUCACACACAAGUACCUCAUAGUCUAUGGCAGUGUUUGUCCACAAGGGAUCCAUCACGUUGGAAUUCUAAGCUUUAGGAUACAGAUUUUUUUUCUUUUUGCAUAAUUGCAUCAGCUAGAAGUAAUGUCCCACUUGUCUGUGCUGGUGGAGAAGGCAGCUUUUAACAGUCAAGAAAACAUUUUUCACCCAGAAGGUGGUUGAGCACUGGAACAGGCUCCCCAGGGAGGUUGUCACACCACUAAGCCUGUCUUAGUUCAACAAGUGUUUGGACAAUGCUUUCAGGCACACRGUGGGAUUCUUGGGGUGUCCUGCACAAGGCCAUGAGUUGGACUCGAUGAUCCUGAUGGGUCUCUUCCAACUCAUCAUUAUGCUGCAUCUCUGUGGCAKGGCACAGCAGUAGGACAAUGCAAGACAGCAGUUUGUUCUACAUGAAUAGGCUUUGUGAURCUAAAGGAGAACAAAAACUCUCAGUUUUUCACCUGAAGCCAAGGCAGGAUUGUUGCUGGSAAGUCUUUUCCAUUUCACAAAUUAUUAAAUAUGAAUCGCUUUUUUGAGGGGUGUGGAGUCUUCAGCAAAAGAGGUUCCACAGAAGAAGAUUUUUCUUUAGUAACAAGUCUUACUUUUAUUUCAUCUCGUUACACUUCUUUAUAACCUUUCC